ACCUUGUGUAAUGAAAACCCAGAUAUAUAAUCUCUCCCUAUAUAUUCUGCAUGCAUUGAGGUAGCCUCAACCCCUCAGGGACCUUGGUAUAGACGAGGGACCCCUUACACCCAGCAACUGCUAUCUGAAGGAAAAAAAGAAGCAAAUGAUUCCAAGACAAGCUUACAGCAGAGAUUUAAUCACCAGAUGUGUACGGAUGAAAAUACAGUAAGAUGAGUCAGAAAAUGGCCAAGGAGGGUCCCAGACUCUCCAAGAACCAGAAGUUCUCCGAGCACUUCAGCAUCCACUGCUGCCCGCCAUUCACCUUCCUCAACUCCAAGCGUGAGAUCGUGGAUCGGAAAUACAGCAUCUGCAAGAGCGGCUGCUUCUACCAGAAGAAAGAGGAGGACUGGAUCUGCUGCGCCUGCCAGAAGACCAGAACCAGCCGCCGUGCCACGUCCCCUCAGAGGCCCAAGCAACAGCCAGCGGCGCCCCCCGCGGUGGUCAGAGCACCAGCCAAGCCACGGUCCCCUCCGAGGUCUGAGCGUCAGCCGCGUCCCCGCCCAGAGGUCCGACCACCACCAGCCAAGCAGCGUCCCCCUCAGAAGUCCAAGCAACCGCCACGCAGCAGCCCCCUCAGAGGGCCAGGCGCCAGCCGUGGGGGGUCUCCCAACAAAGCUUCUAGAUUGAAAAGAAGAAGCAAGCCAACUCCAAAAAAGAAGUGAUAAAGGAGUUUCAAGUGAAUGGAUGGCCUCAGCCCCUGGACUCACUGCUUCGCAACCUACCUGCCCUUGGACAAGUUAUCUGGCUUCGAAUAUGAUGCAGGGGCAGACACCUGCUGAUAUAGCAACUGCCAUUGCCCAGAGUUCCCAUGACAUGGGAGUCUCAGGGCAGCCUGCCUGGAGGACACAGACGUAUGGCUCCAGAGCACUUUCAGGGGACUGGAAAGAGUGCUUAGAGAGUUCUACUUCCAGAUGGCACAAAUAUUGGAGAGCCCUUCCUCAUUCCAUGUCACCCCAAGGAACCUGACCACUGAAGCUCUUCAUGAAAAGACCACUCUGACUCUCCUCCUUCAGGGAUUUGGCCUGGAUUUAGAGUUCUAUUGUAUCCAAAGCCCAAGAGACCCAGGUCUCUUGGGUUACUCUCUUUACUCAGUCCAUAGUUGCGGGGAGUGGGUGGUGGAAAGAGAGGGGUUGGAUUAGAUGCAUCUCUAUUUGGGUUCCAUCUGAGUCUGCUCUAGAAGCUAUUUCAGUUUGUGUUAAGUCCAAAUUUAGAUGAUUUGUUUAUUGAAUUCCAAAGUUGGGUGAAGGGUGAAAAAUAUCAGUAACUCUUUCCACCCCUCCUCAAUCUCUCCAUCAUUUCUUUUCUACUUAGGAGGCCAGUGAAAGGGAAGGGAGGCCAUGCCUUAGCCCAUAAGGGUACAAGGAUCAUUGUUCUUCUAGGACUGGCCCAUCCUGCUUAUGAUUUAGAGGACCUUUACUUUCCCAGCAUGACCACACUUUCUGGUCUUCUUUUUGUUCUCUCCUUUUAUACAUGGACAAUAUAUGGUCACAUAUACCUGGUGUUUGGCCUAUUGCAGGACUCUGUUCUUACUGUUCAUUCUGACUCUGAUUCUGUGGCCCACAGUCUUGGUUCAGGUGCCUCCAGCUCAAAUACCAUCUCAGAGUUGCUUCCUUUAAAAAAAUACAGUGCCAUGGCUGUAGUUAUUCUGUCACUCCAAGUUUGGUUCACUUUCUCAGCACUUCAUCACCAUAUCUUCUUGUUCAUUGGUUUACUUGUUUAAUGAUGAACUCUUUUUCCUCCUCUAAUGUAAAUCCCACAAUUGCCAACAUCUACUCACUCCUAUAUCUUCAGUUCCCGGCAUUAGUAAGAAUUCAAAAUAAAACUUCUUAACUGAAUGGAUGUUUG